UUAACUAGUGUUUUAAAGAAACCUUCUUGUUAUGCUAAAGGACAAUUAACAGAUUAGCAAGACAGGUUGGAAACAUGGUGUCUUUCUUAGGGAAGAGUUUGGUUGGUUUUGAUGGAGAAAAUGCAAUGAUACUGUUUACACGGAAACAGAUACAAUCACGAAAAGGACUGGAAAACAACGGAUGGGAAUGGGAAUGUGAUGUCUUGAUUCCUUUCUGUGAUUGAGCCAUUCUUGUUUGAAGAGCGCAAUAAUUUUGGGUUUCUUGUGAAGAAAAAUGAUAUUUCUAUGAUUAAAAUUUCCAAUAUGAAAAUGCUCGCUGCCUGUUGUUGCUUGUAAUGAGCUCGUCAACUGCCUGUUGUUGCUUG